CUGACGUUUAUCCUAGAGAAGGUUCACGUUUCAAAAUUGUAACUUUUCGAAGGGGUACUCGGCAGAGAUGAGGGAGUCUCACCACAGACAAAUUAUAAGCGUGUUUCACCAUGAAAAUAGCAGAAUUGAGCAUUUUCAGUGUUAAAUGAAAAAAAUAAUGGUAAUUCCAAUGUAACCAAAUUUACGCCUAGAGAUUCGUUUAUUUUCUAUGCUCAAACGACUUUGCAUAUAAUUUAUAGAUGAUCGGUAUAUAGUUGAUAUCAAAGCACAUGAGUAUACAUACAUAUGUAUAUCUUAAAAUUGACCUAUUUUAUGAUGAAUUUUAUAAAAUCUUUACAUAUGUAUGUAUAUGUGAGUAUAUAAUACAGCAACAUUUAUAUUGGGUUGUCAAAAAAGUCUUGCGGUAUUUUUAUUGAAUCAAUUCAUGUGGAACCCAUACAUCGAGCUUCUUAGUGACUCCAAGCUUCUUCAGAUGGUUUAUAAGGGUUUGAUAACUACUAUUCCGGUCUCUUUCGACCAAUUCAGCGAUUUUAUCGCAAUUUUCGACGACAGGCCUUCCGCAACGUGGCGCAUCUUCGACCACCUCUACACCAGAUCGAAAACGUUGAAACUAUCUUUGUGCGCUGGAAAUGGAAACUGUAUCGGGACCAUAAACUGCACAAAUUUUAUUGGCGGCUUGGGAUGCAUUUUUGCCUUUAUCGUAGUAGUACUGCAAAAUAUGCCGUAUUUUCCCUUUAUUUUGCUCCAUGUUUGCGACGCUUUAACUUACGAACGACUUAAAAGAAACGACAAUCAAUCAAACACGUGUAUAGCAUGACCCGAUGCGACGAAUAAAGCUCUAGUUAUGCAUGCUUGACUCAACUCAGCUUCGAAAAAGGUGACUUGUGAAACGUAACUGCUAUUAUACUAAACACAGCGCGUAGAAAUCAGCUGUUUUUGAAUGUUGAGAGAGCACACAAACGUGACAUUUUACUUGAUAUGUGAAGCUUGUGAAAAUUUAAUCAAUAUUAAAACAAAUUGUUUUGUUGAAUAUAUUAACUUUAAUAAUGGAUAGUGAUUUAUUCCAUGAACUAUUAUAUUUAAAUAUUCUUCGCCUUCAAAGAAGAAAAGUAUUAAGAAGACGUAAACGCCGCUGGUCCGUUCAUCCAGCAAAUCGGGAUAGAAACCCAAAUGGUUUCUUCUGGAAGAACUUUUUAAAAUUAAAAGAAGACGACCAAAAACUAUUUGCUUUAACACGGAUGAAUCGGCCAGUAUACAACCUUCUUUUAAAUAUUAUUAGUCCGUUUUUAAAAAAACCAAAACAACAAAUUGGCGUCGAGGAGCGAGUGGUUAUAACUUUAAUGUACCUCGCUUAUGGAACACCUUUUGAGAUCAUAGCCUCGAUGCAUAAAUUAGGGAAAACAACAGUGCGGAAUAUCGUACUUGAAACGUGUGAAAUAUUUUGGUUACACCUGUGCCCGAUAUACCUUAGCGAGCCAACUACCGCACAAUAUAAAGACAUUGCUGCAGAUUUUUUAAAACUGUGGAAUAUACCCAACUGCGUCGGAGCAAUUGACGGGAAGCAUAUAGCUAUUAUUCGUCCACAAAAUUCAGGCUCGUUAUUUUAUAACUAUAAAAAGUUUUAUAGUAUAGUUUUAAUGGCAUCCUGCGACGCUCGGUAUACGUUCACCUCUGCCAGCAUUGGUAGCUAUGGCGGACAAAGUGACGGAGGUGUCUUUCAGCAAACUAAAUUUGGUCAAGCACUCUUGGAAAACAAAUUGCCACUACCACCAAGAGCUCCAUUAUGGAAUGGAUCCUCAACAGAUUUUCCACAUUUUUUUGUGGCCGACGCAGCGUUCCCAUUGAAGGAAAACUUAAUGCGACCUUACCCCGGUGCACAGCUGCCACGAAACAAAGCUAUUUUCAAUUACCGGUUAUCCCGAGCUCGUAGAGUAAUCGAAAAUAGCUUUGGUAUUUUAACUGCUCGAUGGCGUGUUCUACGAAAGAUACAUUUGUAGACACAGACACCGCAGACCAUGGAAUAUUGGAGGGAGAAUGGCGUGAAGAUUUAGAGAGUGUUGGAGGUGCAUUACAUUCAAUAAGUACAACUCGACGCAAUGCAUCUAGUUUCGCAUUCCGUCUAA